AUGCGUCGAGGACGUGGUAGAGGAAUGCGUGGAGGACCUGGUCGAAUGCCACCCUACAUGCGUGGCCCACCGGGGCAGAAGUUUGUAGUGAGCCAUUCCACUUUUGAUCCAGUUUUAGUAAGUUGUUUACAGGACUUCCGAGUCUAUUCUUAUUAAACUAUUUGUGAGAAAAAGUUCGAAAUUGCUGCAUGUAUAAUAAAUGUAUGGGAAUUAUACGGAAAUCUUACCGGUUUGUACCCUGGUCCCAGAGGUUUUUCUUGAUUUUUCUUCUCGAAAGAGAUCAAGAGCAAGCCGCAAAGGCGGUGACAACGAGUCGUGAAAGCGACGAUGAGAGAGAGAAAAACCUCUGGUUACCUUGGCCUCGAAUCUCACCUUCAUGCGGACGACAGGGUCAAGAUCUGAUCCUCGGGCGUUGAUUGGUUGAUAUUUUUUCAAACACGCUAACCAAUUGGAUUGGCUUGUUUAAUUGUAACUACCGAGGGGACGCUGAGGAUUUUCAUACCUCAUUUCCGAAGCUAGAUUUUGCCUCUCUCUACCAGGGAAGGAAAUUGUUUGUAUACUGCACUCGCAAUAACCUUUGUACGGGACCAAGGCACGUAAAGGCUUGCCAUGUUUCGAGAUUUUGACAUGGAUGUUGUUCCUGAAAGAAUAUUCAAAGAAAUUUUGACCUCGGUACUUGAUAAGCGCUGAGCAACAAAAGAAAGCUUUGUUAGCCGCCUUGAGUCGAAAGGAUGUGUUCACCAUUUUAUCAACCGGACAUGCAAAGUGUAUAAUAUUUCAGUUGUUACCUGCUGUUUGCAAGUACCUUUCCUUAAGAGGAUACUCAUACUCUCGCCAUGCAAUAAUUUUGGUUGCCUGUCCUCUCAAGUCUCUUGUGGACUCGUAUAUCCGCGAACUGCGAAACCGUGGCGUCUCAGCAACCAGUUUGAGCAGUCCAGACGUUGACGAACAGAAUCUAAUGACUCGAUGUAUUUACCAUUUUCUGUUACAAUACUGUCAUGCCAUUAAAUAAACUGACUUGUUUAGGGUAGCAAAAUAUAAAUCUCUGAAUACGGAAUGAAAGUUCUCUUGUAGGAAAAAAAACAUACAACUUUGCUACAAGUAGGUAAUCAUUUUCGGAGCAGCUUGCAUUUUCCUGCGACGCCCAAUAUUUAUCUUUAAAGUUCUAACCAACGUUAAUUUUGGCAUUGGGUCAACAGAACAGAACAGAUGACAAUGUUUGUGAAAAAUGCUUGUUAUUAUACCCAAAAACGUUGAUUUUAGAUCGGCCACUUAUUUUUACAUAAAUUCUGCAAAUCCUGCAGCAGUGGUUUGGAACAAUGUUGGUUUCUUUAUAAAGUGGUGUUCUUAUUCCUGGACCGUUGUCGCCCAUUGUUAACAGAUGCUGUAGCUUGACCCCGGUUAACAAAUCACUCUUUACCACCCAAGUGGAGAUGGUUUGUUCAUAAUAUAAUUUCCCCAGGUCUACCCACGGUAAAAAAAAAUAGUGGCUGAUAUGCAUGUGUUUGCUAAAUUGCCAUUGGUCACUCUUUUUAUUAGCAAUUUGAAGCGUUUGACAGCUGUUAUCUGUAUGAAAGUGAGAUUCGAGGCCAAGGUAACCAGAGGUUUUUCUCUCUCUCCUCGUCGAUUUCGCGACUCGUUGUCGCUGCCUUCGCGACUCGUUGUCGCCGCCUUCGCGGCUUGCUCUUGAUCUCUUUCGCGAAGAAAAAUCAAGAAAAACCUCUGGGACCAGGGUAACCGGUUUGUGAUAUGCUGGUAAUUUUUUCCUUUGAAUGGUUCUUUUCGUGGUUUAAGCUUUGUAGAAGCUAUUAGUAACUUUAUUUCAUAACCACUGUUACUCCUUUCAUAGAAUGAAGUGAAGGCUGGUCACUUCGAUCUGUCGGGGUCCUGGACCAGUCGCAACAAGAAUGCCGUUUUUUUCGCCGAAAUUCAAAUUCGCUGCAAAUUUUUCAGCUCUGGUCUAAGAGGGGAACUUCUUCUACCUCUCUGGGAGAUCGGCGUGGAAAAAGAUCCAUAAUUUCCCCGUUAAAUCGAGCCACUUGUGCCAGACUUCGUGGCACGUCUGCCUUUCGUCCAGUCCCUGUGACCACUGUUGCGCUUACCAACUAAUUUGCAUUAUGACAAUUAGCACUUACACGACGGGUGCCAGGUCAGAAAUGACACGUCAACUAGGCUCUCGCAGUGUGAAAAAGCGAGUGCUUGCACCCGUCGUGUAAGUGCUAAUUGUCAUAAUGCAAAUUAGUUGGUACGCGCAACAGUGGUCACAGGGACUGGACGAAAGCCAGAUGUGCCACGAAGUGCGGCACAAAUGGCUUGAUUUAAUGGGGAAAUUAUGGAUCUUUUUUUGAGCCGAUCUCCCAGAGAGGAAGAAGAGGUUUCCCUCUUAGGCCGCAGCUGAAAAAUUUGGAGCAGAUUUGAAUUUCGGCGAAAAAAAACGGCAUUCUUGUUGCGACUGGUCCAGGAUGCCGACAGAUCGAAGUGACCAGCCUUCACUUCAUUCUAUGAAAGAAGUAACAGUGGUUACCCAAUAAAGCCAAAAACACCAGUAAAAUGACAAACAGAUACCAAAAUGCAGUGGAAUACAUUGCAGGUAAGUCUUUUGUAUUCAUUUCAUUUAAGAAAAAGUAAGGUUUAGCGUUAUUUAGCGUUCGCAGAUCUCAGUAAUAUAUUUCUCAUACAAAGUCUCUUAUAUUUUCAACGGUCGCCUGAAACGCGACACCAGCUCGUCACCUAUGUUAUGUAAAUUGCAUUACACCCUUCCCUCAUAAAGUGAGUUUGGGCGGCCUGUGUUGCCUUUGGCUUUAAACACAGGCAAUCUGGGUACAAAGUUAUCGACUACUCUUACUUUUUUUGUCAUCGUAUGUUGUGUUUGACUUUCUUUGUCUUCAAAUAUCUUCUUAGCAUGUUUUGCACUCAAACAUUUAAAGUUUAUAGCACCGAAAGCGAGUUAAUGUUCAUCUCCACAAGAGGUGGCUGCUUGAUGGCUUGACCUGAUUUUUGCUCACUCAACAUUAUAAUAUUAUAGUAAUAAUAACAAUAAUAAUAAUAAUAAGAAGAAGAACAAGAAUACUUUAAUUAUCUUGUCCCCUUGUAGGGCUUUUCAGGGAUAAUGAAACAAUUAAUAGUUUAAAUGAAAGAUAGCAUGGUUAAAAAUCCCAACUGAUAGGUGACAAACCAGUUAGCUCUUUACAAGUGUGGCCGAGGAUUUGAACUAGGGACUGCCAAGAACAAAUUCAGCUAGCAGUCAGGGCAGGACUUGAACUCGGGGCCUCUGAAUUACAUUUUAUACAAAUCCAGUGCCCUAACCACUCUACCACACUCCCUCAUCGCAAUUGUUUUUAGAAGUAAUGGAGUAGCUCUACAGUUGUAAAACUCCACCAAAAAAUUCAUACGUAUUCUGUUUCUGAAUAAGAAUUGUGUCUGAAAAUUGGGCAAAAUUCUCUCAACUUUAAACAACUGCAGUGCAAACAGCUGAAGCCAACAGGCACCAGUGGCUUAUUAUUUUCUCACGUGAACCUUGGGUGACGGUUUGCCAGCAAUCAAGAUUUAUUACAUGUAAAGUGAGGCUACCAUUGGGAGAUUUCACUUUCUUUUAAUUUGAAAAGUGAGAAAAGCUCAGGCACAUGAUGUUGGAGGUCUUGAAUUUGAUGAUCAGAAACAAAACCAAACUUUUAGCAUGUGAAUUAACCAUACUGGAUCACUAACCUAUCAUUUACAUAAGAAUAAGGUUAGGGAGGGGAGGGUGUAAAAGAAUGGAGGGGUUUAAUAGAUUUCUUUCCCUGAAAAAGAGGGCUUGUUAGAGAGGGUUCUUAAUUGUGUGUUUAUGAUAUCUCAAGUUGUAUUGCUGCAUUUGUUUUUCACAUCUCUCAAACUUGCCUGUCAUGUGCCAUCAAUGAUCAAAUUAGGUAGGGCCCUCCUUUAAUUAAGUGCUCCCCCACUCAAAUUAUCCCCCUCCCCUUGAGGCUAAGAAUAUUAAUUAAGCAUAACCCCUCAAUUAGGCUUGGUGUAGAUAUUAGGAUCUAAACUAGGCUUAACUAUGAUUAAAUGUUGUCAUUGCACAGGCUGAUAACUUUUUUCCAAGAACUACUCCUGCAUCAGAUGAAACAUCAUUUACACAGGUGAGAGUCACAGUUAGGUAGCUUCAACUUGUAAACCCGUUGCAGAGGUUGACAGCAAUCCUUUCAUACUUUCAGUCAAAAAUUGCCUCACUGGUUUAAUUGAGAACGUAAGCUUAUCCAUUUCUUGCUCUGUAAGAAUAAUUCAACAGUUGAGAGUGAUUAGCCCGCGUCACACAGGAAACUAAACUCUGGUUAAGUUGAAACAGCGCCCCCACCUGUGUACAAGGAUUUGAGUACACACAAUGGUUGGUUAGUUAAAAAGUGAUUGUUGUUUUGCCAAUUAAGAUGAAAGGAAUUUCAAAAUGCACUUCCAGUAAUUUGUUGAGUCUGUUGGGGGCUCAGAACAAGGAUAUAUUGGCGCAGCUUUGUGAUGCAGGCUACGAGUGAUAACAUGUUUAGAAUAGAAUUAAAUGCCCAGUGUCUCAGCAUGAUACAUGUACACUGUACAUUUCUCAGAUUUGAUGACUCAUCUGAAUUUGUUAGUCCAACCAUUGUAAAAUGUUUUGCACCCAUGUAAGAUGAUGCUCAUUUGAAGUUUGGAUUUUCAUCAAACAUGGAGCCAGCAUUUUUACAUAUGUUGGAGAGCAGAGAUAAAAACACUUUUAUCCUUGUGAUAAUAAUAUACACUUAAUGUCAGAUCCUGAGGGAAACCUUUAGUUUUGUUUCCCCGAGAGUCCUGAUGUUUCCUGAGACGAAGUCAAGGGGAAACAUCAGGACUUGAGGGAAAACAAAACUAACUGGUUUCCCAAGGGACCUGGCGUAAAGUGUUUUGUUAUAUUUCUAGACUUUCACCUCAACAGCAACAAAAGAAUAACCUGAGCAAACCAAAACAGUGGACUCGGUACUUAUAACAACAUAAAUUUAAUUCUUAAAACCACUGAAUGAAUGAUUUACAAAGUACUUUCCUUAUAUUAUCUGCAUCUUUUUCCUCCACUAGUAGCUGUUUCUCUUCUGGGAUGACUUUAAAAAUCGUUGCUUUUUAGCUUGAGGCUUCGUGUUUGUGUUCAAGUUGUUGUGUUCAUUCACAAAAAUGAAAACAGGCAGUGUUUUUCCUGCCUUCUGUCACCCCACUUUCUGCCAUGCAUUGAUCAUGUGCUGUAAUGUAGCCUGAGUGGGAUACAUUGCUUAAUGUGUUACGAUUGGGGUACAUUUAAUUUUAGUCAAGGCCACGUGACCAAGAAUCAGCCAAUGGUAGUCCCUGUUUAGUUGAGUGAAAGUCUAGGAAUAUAACAAUUUUUUCUUGUACAAUGAUGUUGGAUUGUUUAGCCGAAAUAUUGAAAUUGUACUGGGAAAGUGGUUCCUGGUUCCUUUCAAAUAUCUUUAGGAAAUUUAUUUCACAGCCAAUCAAGCUUCAUCAUAGUAGUUACCCGUAGUAGUCAAUCGAUAAAAAUCGGUUAAAAUCAGUUGAUUUAUCAAUCGAUAAAUCGAUAAAAGUCAGUAAAUUUGAUUUGAUUGAUAAUUAUAGAUUGUUUCGAUCAAUUGGUCGAAAUUGAUGACACACUCAUUUCGUUUAUCGAUUUAUCUAGAUUUUACCGAUUCCAUCAAUUUAUAUUGGAAGAUACAUCUUUUCUUCUGUUCAUCCAAAAAGGAAACCUGAUUUCAUGCAAACAGUGAAUUUGUUGACAAUUGAAUUGCAAUUGAGAGUCGAAGGAUCAAGCAAUUAAUUUAUUAUCACUUUUUCAAAAAAACUUUGAAAAGAUCUCAUGUUUUCUUCAAAACCCACUUUAAAGUCUUCGUCUGAUGGCCGAUAUUGGCCAGGUUUUUCAUGAUUAAGAUUUGCCACCCUUUAAAAAUAACAUCUCAUUCAGUUCUGUGUGUAGUUACUUCUCGAAGUAGCCAAUAGAUAAAAAUCAAAAUCGAUAAAAAUCCUUAGGGAUCAAGUGAUUUUAUCGAUUGAUAACAGAAAACGGUGAAAAGCUAUCUGGGGAAAUCUUUUAGCCUGAGUUUUAGGCAUCCCUUCAAGCCUAGAGGAUGUCUGAAAUUCAGGCUGGGAAAUCUUUUAUGUAAGGUUGUAUUUCACGUGGUACUUGCCUGUGAGAACUGCAAAAGUCAUUAAACCAAACCGUUUUUGUUAUAAUGUACAAGAGGGUCACGGUUUUAGAGAGAAUCUUGUGUCUGUAACAGUUUCCACAAUUCUUCUUUUCAUGUUUGUUGAUCAGUUGUUACUUGUGGAUAGGUUUUCUCCAAUCAGCUGUACUAUUUAACUUAUGCCAAAAAUAACAAUCUCGGACUUACCAUUAUGAAUCGUUAAAAUCAUGAAAAAUUGAUAAUAUGGAUUUGACACAGCAAUUUAAUUUAUUGAUUCUCACCGAUUUCCAUUAUCAAUCGAUAAAAAUCACUUAAUUGCUAUUGAUUUUUAUUGAUACCGAUUUUUAUCGAUAAUUGACUACUGUGGGUAGUUUCAAUAAUAUUAUGAUAGUGAUCAUUAAUGUCUGGUUCUCAUUCUUGCGUCAUAACAGGCUCUUUUGAAGAGAAACCAAGAAUUAACUCCCACUGGGCAGGAACAGGUUAGUUGAGAUUAUUGUAUGGCUGACUCUGCAAGCUGGCAAGAAGAUGGAAAAAAAUUAUUAUUGUAAUUGUCAACAUGGCAAAUUGAAUUUUCAAUCGAUCCUGAUAACUCAAACCCCUGCUAUCUUGAACUGUUUUUUUUUUGCUUCAGAUUUUGUGCUACUGUACAUUUAAUGAACUUUAAUUAAAGUAUACAGCUGUCAAGGAAUAGGAAUAAAAACCCAUCAGUGGACCCAAAUAAAUUGCAUUGCCCCAGUUUGAAUUAACUUCUAGGGUAUUAAUUAAUUUAGAAAAAUGAUAUGGAACUGCGUAGCUUCUUCACCAACUUUUAAUGCUUUGAUUUGAUUGCUGGUCCAUUUAUCAGCUGUUAGGGGGAAGUGGCAGGUAACAAUUUUCAAAGAUAUAAAAGCUAGUGUUAUUAAGUGUAACUGUGUUUUCUUGCAGGGCUUUGUUCAAAAUCUUGUCACUAAAAUUACAACAAUACUAGAUACUCUGAUUGUAACCCCAGAUGCUGCUGAACUGGUAAGCAGAUUCUAACAAUAGAAUGAUUCAUUGGCAUAAUUCAAUAAUAUGAAGCAACAUUUACAACUACCUGUCAUGUAUUGUAUAUAAGUUUUUGGAUUUCCUUUCUUUCUCUAUUAUUUUUUUUUCCUUGGCUUAUUAGCAUAAUUAUUUUUGAUAGAGAUCUAACCAACCCAUCAACCUGAGAUUAAAUACAGCUUCAUUCAUUCAUCAUUGGUUCAAAGUUGAUUUACCAAGAAUUUCUAGUAGAAUGCCGAAUUCUCCUUUCACUGCUAUCUGAUGUUCUUUGUAGUUGUCACAUUGGUUUAAAAAAGGGUGAGACCCAGGUUAUACAUGUAUUAGGCACAAAACAGAAAACUCUACCUUUCAAGCCAGAAUUGUAAUCCAGUUUUAUUGAGUCAUGUGUUUGGAAGAAAAAGGUGAUACUUUUUAGUACUGCAAGGAAAACAGUACUGAUACUGUCAUUUUCUCCUUCUGCCAGCAGAUUAUAAUAUUAUUAGUUUUUGUACUACAUUUAGGUUCGAUAUUAUUGUCUGUUUAAACAAGUUAAGCAGUUUUGCUUGGUAGCUAACAGGUAUGAGAGACUUUCUUGUAAAUUUAUUUAUAUGAAAGUCUGUCAUUAUUGACCUGCACAGUGUACCUAAUUCCUAACACCUUCAUUCUCUCUGAAAUGCCAGUGAGUAAAAGUGGAUGCAUCAACAUUGGAUGUACUGGAUUUUUGAUCCAUUGAGGAAGAUACUCUAUUAGGGUUGGAAUAAUAUACAACUAUCCCCCGAAGGUGUAUACGAGUGUAUCUAGUGCUGUGAACCGACCCUGAGGGGGAUAGUUUUUUAAAUUAGUAUUUACCAAAUCAGUUGGACAGAAAUCAAAAAGGAAGAUUUUGUAAACAAACGACAUCACUUAUUAAGGGUUUGUUUACGCUUCAAUUGACAGAGUUUCGGGGAUGUUUUUUAUGUUUUUGUUGCAACUUAGUAAGAAAGUUUUUUUCUACUGACCAGUAAACACUGACAAGCCAAAUUUUGUCUCUUUCUUAUUUUUUGUUGGUACAGCAAUUAUGUUUUCUGCAAAACAACACUCUGACUGUGGACACUGAUGACCAGAAAUUCAACUGCAGUAAUGCCGAUGGACAUUCACAAACAGGCAAUCGAAAAAAAAAAAUGUCGGCAAGUUGAAUUCGAAAGACAAGCCAUAAGAACAAAGGCAAUGAGAAGCGCCUUGAGACUUUGCUUACACACCGUCGAUCGAACAUUAAAUUUUUAAUAUUUACACAAACUUCCUUUUAUUGUGGAUUUGACAGAUAUAAAUGGAUUGUUUUUUGGUUCAGCUAGUGAACUAACGACUUCUGUUAUUUCAUUGAUGCAAAAUCUCGUUCAAACAUUUCUAUUAACGUUUCAACGCAAAGUAUCAUUCAAGCCAUGCGAAUCAAUGCAAAUUUCCUGACGAGUUGUCAACUGUUACUAUAUCUUGAAUUUGCAUAGUUCAGGAAUUUCUCGUGAGAAUUUAACACUGAGUAGAUUUUAUUAUUUUAUAGAGUAGAACAUUUUUUAGGGCAUUGGGGCAUUUAGGGCAUUUUUUACAGCAUUAAUAGAAAACACCGUAAGGAGGGAUUGUAUCUAAAACUAGUAAGUGAGAAUUGGGACAGUGUCUUAAACUUAAAUGAUGUCAAGGAGGCAGUGAAUAAUUUGGAAGCAAAAAUUAAACACCACAUGGAUGAGUGUAUGCCGUUGCGGUCAGUGCGCAUGUCAUUGCGUGAUCCGGUGUGGAUGACACCCUUAGUAAAAUCGUUAAUGAGGGUAAAGUCAAGAAUAGCUCCAAGCAAUAUAGAUCGGCUGGCUGAGAUUAACAGGAAAAUAAGCGAAUUGAUUAGUAAGAACAGAAGAACACUCGCAAAGGCACCUGUCGGAUCCAGAGAAUGGUGGAAGCACGUAGAUAAUUUGUCCCAACGACGCAGCAUUUCUGCUAACAUUACAUUGGACACUAAAUCACUGGAGGAGCUAAACGACUACUUUGCCGAUUUGUGCACUGAUGACGCAUAUAUGAAGCCUGUACCAGCUAUUGUGGAUAAGAGCUUAGAAGCCCCUCAGAUAUCAGAAAGACACGUGUGGAAUUGCUUACAACAUCUGAAGAAAACCACACAAUAAGUCACAAUAAGCUAGCUCAUACAUACUAAUCAGAUACUAAUGAGUUACGGGCACCAAUCAGAAUGUGCGAAACUUCCCUAGGGCUCUAUACUGAUUUGGUGAAUACUAAGUUAAACUAUUGGGUGUGAUGAGACAGAUUCCAUGAUGGUGGAUGAUGUUUGACCAAUGUUUUAGAUUUGUUCAAACAGGUUGUAAGUCUGUUCACCUACCUUCUUUACAGGGUUUGGAGGAGGUUCGUGCAGUAGGCUCAUACAAAAAGGGAACAAUGUUACUUGGCCACCCUGUAGCUGACUUGGCUGUUAUUAUCAAGAAACUUCCAACAGGUAUGUGUCACUGUAGACAUUGCUCAUAGAAGUGUGAAUGCUUGAAUCUCGAGGUCUUACGUACAGUGCCCUCCAGCCGCAUGAUCCUCUAUUGACACACAUUAAAUCACUGUCAGUGCAUUCUUUUCAAAACCCUUUCCAUUCCAUACAUGUAGGUCUCUUCUAUGUGAUAGCAUAGAUACAGAAGCAAUAGCCAAUUGAAAGAAAAUGAUUGAUUCUGACAACAGAAUGUGAGGAUCACCAACCAAUGCAGGGUUCUCCAGAAAAUUUAAGUAAAAGGGAAAAAAGUUUAAAAAGGUACAAUGGAUAAUAUCUCAGUGUGGAGGACCAUUCACUUGGGUGAGGGUAUAAGGAACUGCCUCCUUUUUAGCAGUAGACCUGCACUGUUCUAAACCUCUUAUUUCACUGCACUUCCAUUGUUUUCAGGGAUAGGGGCAUUUUUUUGUGACAAUCCCUAUUGUUUUCCCAGCGAAUCAAAAACAAUCUUUGAAAUAGGUAUGAGAUCACCCCUUUUUGGUGGGGAGUCGGGGGGUUACUCCCUUAUAAGGGCUUAAUGGGGAUGUGCGGCCAGCCAGAGUAUGUUUUUCGGGAUUUUUGUCUCAAACAGGGUAUCGAUUUUAUAAUUUUUUGUCUUCAUCAGGGUAUCGAUUUUAUCAAUUUUUGUCUUAAACAGGGUAUCUUUUCUUGGACGAUAAACAGCCUGCGCGUAUGUUCUACGAACUAAACGACAGCAAAAUUUUUACAAGAUCUUUUUAAUAUUGACUUCUGUUGACUUUGGCAUUGAUACCAGGCAUAUUAAAUUUCCAUUAAUUACACAACAAGAAAGCCACACAACUUGUAACUGCAACUUUUAAUCUAUUAUAACAAUAGCCUGGUAAUCGAUUGUUUAUCAGUUUACAAAAUAAAGGGUUUCCUGUUUCUCCCAAAAAAGGUGGGUGGUAAACUUUAAUUAGCAAGAAUAACUUUAAUACCAAAAUUACCAGUCUUAAUAAACUGUUAUGAGCGUUUUUCACUAGACUCAUGGAUCUAGACUGAGUCCUUGUAACAACUCGUGUAUACUAAAAUGAAAUAGAAAUCAAACAAAAACGAAGUGAACGUGUACAUAAUUCGUGUCAUUUCCUGUACGUGACCAGCCAACUGCAAGCUGUCAUUUCUACAUCGUGUCACAAGGUAGCUAAUGUAGCUCCAUGUGGAAACUCAGUUCCCCUCAAAGCUCUUUUUAUCUCCAUGGCUUUGUGCCGCGACUUUUUGAUCGUAUAUACUAGGUACUUAGCUUAAAGAGCUCCUUGUGACUCUCUUGAUCAAGCUGUAAAUAGUUUUGUGAUUGCCAGUGGAUUAAAUAAGAAAGAGUUUUGAUAUUUAUUAUCGUCUUACACAGGGUGUGGUUUCGGGUUAAAUUUCUUAAGCAGGGUAUCAAAAAUCGGAAUUCUGUCUUAAACAGGGAAAGAAAAUCAGCAAUUUUUGUCUUAAACAGGUCCAGGGUAUGAGGGGCUGGGCCACACCUCCCCACCCAAGGAUAUAUCAAGUACCCCCCGGGGGGGAGUCUGGGGGCUUUUGCCUUCAAUAUUAUUGUAAGGCACUGAAACCUGCUUAUUUUCAGCACAUUUUGAGUGACUAGAGAAAGGUCUUGAAAUAAAAUGAAAUGAUGGCUAAUCUUCAGAGUUUGGUCAUCAGUAUGGAAAUUUAGGCAAGUUGGCACCUGUGUUUUGCCAAAUGAUAUGAUGGAGUUACAGCUGACUGUAUCCUAUUAAAUAAUUUUUUUGUGAGUAGCAGGCAUUUCCUUGAGGACCAGCUAGUGAUUUUGCUUGCUGGUCACCAGAGUUGCUGGAGAACUCUAUCACUAACCAUCCAUAGUGGCUUGAUCAUAGUGGCUUUUAGUAAAAACAAUUUGCAAUUUCUUAAAAAUUUUAAAAAUCAUGAUAAGGUAUACGCAUAACACAGCUGUAACCAAGUAUAGUACGCAAUAUCUAUUCCUACAUCCAUGAACUUCAUUGUAUGAUUGUUGAUGUAUUUUUUAUUGUUAUGUGCCUUAUUUUGUAUUUUACAGAAAGCCUUAUUCUUGAACUGGCCACAAGAGUGCAGAAGACUUUAAAGGAGCAGGAAGGUUUAGCAGGUGGCUUUAAAUUUUCGUUUUGGGUACAAAAAAUAUGGGCUCUAUUCUAACCGGCUUGAUUGAUUUUUAUUCUUCUCUGAUUCUUUACCAUAACCUUAGACAAAAAAAUUAUUUUGGCAUCUAAAAAAAGAUUAUGUAUAUCCUGUAAACUUUUUCUGCAUAACAACGGGAAAAAGAAAAGUUGUGUAGACUGAUCCAGCGGCCUCCAUUUUAAGAGCCUUACCCCCCAUACCUCGCUCCUCCUUAAUGAGCUGGUGGUUGGAAGGUGACAAAUGCCAUUAACUUUUAUGCCAGAUUCUCCUCUGUAACAGGUGCUGAAAAAGUUUAGCAUGUUUGAAUUUUUGUAGAUUGCUAUUGUAAAAAGCUGUAGAAUGUUAAUGCUAUGAAAACUUAUGCUGGUUUACAUAUUGCCUUUUAAAAUGUGGAUCAACUUUAUUCUUUUUUCAAAUCUUAUUUUUGUUUUGCUUCAAACUUGUUAUCAUAUUUUACCAUCGCCAUAAACAAAGAAAAAUUAAAUGAUUAUCUUUAGUAAGGAAAAAUUGUAUCUACUUAUAUUUUUUGUAGUACCAGAAACUCAUAAAGGGUUGAAAUGUGUAUCUCACGUUAAGUGCUUUUGCUGCUUGCAUAUUCAUUUUUCUAAGUACCAUUAUUGAAAACUCUGGCUGCAGCCUCAAAAAAGUAAUAAUAGCACAUGCAUCACGCUUUUUUGUACAAUUCAUUUUUUUCCCUGCAAGACUACAAUAAUAAAGGUCUAGUUUCACGUUUUGUGGAACGUGAAAACGCAAGACAGCGACUUUGGUUUUCUUUGCCUAAACUUAGAUAGAGUCUUCAGAAUUCAAAUCCAGAAAAAUUUGCUAUUAUUUGACAACGAGAUGGAAUAAGUGCGAUAAACAUGAAGUAGCGCGAAUUAAAUUUUUAAGUGACGUCGUUGCUGUUGCUUAAGCUCCUUUUUUUUUAGGGAAUGUGGCAAGGUGGAGUAAAAUUAUUCCACGUUGUUUACAAAGUUUGAUUGGUCAGUUAUCUUUUCUUCACAUUUGAAAUAUUGUACAUAUGUACGUGUGAAAAUGAAUAUUCACCAGCUUCAGUCAAAGCAAACAUAUGAGAAUAACAUGUUUCAACCCCUUAUGAGUUUCUGGUAGUACUUGUUAUAAUGAGAUUAAUGUGAAAUCCUCCUUUUUCAGAUUUUCCCAUGCAAUCAAAUGAGGGAGGUAACAUACAUUCCUUCUUUUCAUUUUUUUAAAUUGUGUCAAAUUUUUGUGUUGUCUAGAAUCAUUGUCCUUACAUUAACAAAAAUCAAUAGCUGAAGACGGCAAUCUUCUUCAUGUUUUGUUGGUCAUUUGUUAGGUUUUAAUAUAAGCAGUCCUGAUGGUGCACUUGUUCGUGUGUUGCUUACAACACUUCCCAAGAAUCUCCAAGAGGCUGAUCCAGCUAAACAUGGUAAGGAAACUCAACACAAUUGCUUCUAAUCCUUUGCUAUGAUUAUUAUUAUUGUCAAAUCCUUUACAAGCUAAAAGUUAUUGCAGGAGCAAUGAAUUUGCUGUUUGACUGGUUAGCAACAGCUUAGGGCAGAGUUCAGUAAAGUUAAUGAUUUUCCUAUGACAUCCUUAAUAAUGUAAUAGAGUUUUAGUGGAACAAAGGUUUAAUGUAUCUAAUGUAGGUUACAACAUUGUAUAUUUUACAGUUGAUGUGAAGCUCCUUGAAGGAGCAUUAGCCACAAUAAGACAUGCUCGCUGGUUCGAGGAAAAUGCUUUUCAUACAAGGUAGGUUGGUAGUAAAUUAUACUGAUGGACUUGAUGGAUUUGGUUAAAUAGUUUCAUACUACUUUUGAACAUGUUGUUGCCUAAUUUUUCAGUACCCGUCUGUUAGUGAGACUUUUCAAGGAUCUUAGAAAACGUUUUACAGGAUUUCAAGGGCUGACACCAUGGUUAAUAGACCUACUGGCAAGUAUUUUAUUCAUAUUUAAUAAUAUUUAUUGGUUGUAAUAAAGUUUUUCUUUUUGAGUGCGCUGCAUGUAGAUUUCUUGGACCAUUGCUCCUGGCAAGCUGAUCAGCAUCUCUGGGUCUAGGAACCAAGCACACCAUAAAUAAUUAUAUUCAUUUGUAUUUUCUGGUGUGUUAAACUUUGAGCUGACCAAGUCAGUCACACCAAUGCCUUUUUCCCACUGACAUUCAAAACAUUUUAAUCAGUGUGCACAGUGUACCAAGUUGAAAACUAUUAAUAUAUGUAAAAAAUUGUUAUUGUCUUAUAAUCCCUCAAAAAUAUAUAUAUUUAUACUAGGGGUACCUUCCGGCAAGUGCCAACGAGGCGAAUUCGUUUAUCUUUUGUGAAAUGUGCCUAUUCAGAUCUUCGCGAUAUUUUUUUUUUCAUAAUUUUAGAGGUUUACAAUGGAUUCCGCUAUAGAAAAGGAUGGCACCAAACUUCAAAACAACAACUUUUGCACACUCUAGGCUGUCACUUUUAUUAAACAAUAACAACAUGGCUUGAAGCUUUGUUGGUAAAUAUGAGUAAGUUAGCACUUGAGUUUCAUGGAAAAUUCCAUUGGAUCAAAACUAUAAACGUUAGAAAGGAAAAUAUAGUUCAAAUGAGGCCUUUGACUGCUGAAAUUAAAAAUAAUAAUUAAAUUCCAAGCAACAGCGUCAUCAGGAAUAAGAAAAAUAUUUCGCAGAAUGUAUCAGGGGUAUAAAAAUAUAAACUUAAAUAAAAUACAAAGAUCUACUGAGCGAGUGUCACAGGUCAAAGAUUCUCUUGAAAGGCAUAAUGAUAGUAUUCAAAACAAAAGGUUUGCACUUUGUUGCAUUCCUCAUGGGAGUUUUGGGCUGUCUCAAUGUAAAUCAAAAAACAUGCUGGUUGACAAAAUCUAAAGAAUAAAAUAAAGAAUAAAUUCUAAAAAAGGUCCGCAAAUACGUUGAGGACUGGAUCAAUGUAAAUAGAUCUGCGAAGAACACGCUGGUUCUGAUUAAGUUUUGAGAAUAUAACCCUAUACCAAAAUUCAAUUCACAAAGCAAAAGACAACACGGAAAACCCUGGUUCUGAGUUGAGAAGGGAACGCACUACCUUAUUGUAAAUCAAGCUGCAAAGAAUAAGCUGGUUCUGACAAAAAUUUGAGCGUAAAACCCUAUUCUUUGAUCAGCUGCUGCGUUAAACACAAUUUAUAAAGCAAACCAGAGCACUAAUUGCCCUUUCAAACUAGAAAUCAUAUUAGAGCUUGCUCACCUGUUAGGUCCUCUUGAACAGACAAUGAACAGCUGCCCACUGAAUCACCCAAUUUCGGACCACGAGUUAUAAAUACAAGACCAUGACGUCACUACGCAAAUAUGGGGUCUUACUUACACCCAAAUAUGGUCAAAAAUGCAAAUUUUAGAGGGUUACGCGGAAUUUGAGAGUUUUUGCCUACAUCGUGCGGGACCAUAAAUCUGCCGCCGAGGCAACUUCGCUUCUUAGCUCGGUUGCCUCGUUGGCAAUAAUCAUACACUGUACAUGUAGCAAUCAGCUCUAUACAUUCCUUCUUCUUAGUCUAGUAUGUUAUUAUUCAUAGAAGAUAAUUCCAUUUUAGAUUAGCUACAGUAAAAGUGAUAAACUGUUUGUGAAUAAUUCUAUUUGAUAGGCCCACCGUGCAGCCAUGGUUAAUUCAUCACGGCAACCUCUUCCAGUCAAUGUUGCCUUCAGGUGAGAAUUUCACUAAUAAUGCUAUUAAUUAGAGUGAUAAUUAUAGAUGUACUUCUGCCUUGAUCAUGACAAUACAGGGAGCUAUACUCUUUGCUGCUUAUUUGUGGUAGCAAAUUAUAUUAACUACUGGUAUUCUAAAAAACGUUGUUUGUUUUAUGACAGGCGUGCUUUGCAGCUUCUCUCAUCUGGACUGUUUUUGCCUGGUUCAUUGGGUAUCAUUGACCCAUGUGAGGUAAAAGAAUAGUUUAUCUCACAAACUGCUAUGUGACCCGAGUCUCUAAAAGGUGUCCGACUAACAAAUUUUAUUUAUUUAUUUAUUUAUUUAUUUACCAGCUUUCUGGACACAGGCCUGCCCAGAAGGAAUGUGCACGAACGGGACUCAUAGUUCCCAUGCAAGGUGCCAUCCCUGCCCAAUCCCACAACCCGUUAGGUCUAUGACCUAACGGGUUGACCGAAUAGUGAUGCAGGUUCUUUUACAUCCCACAAGAACAAAUCAGUGAAAGUGCUGCGAGACAGCACCUACGGUUUUUCGUCCUUAUCUGAGAAGACUAGAAAGUCGAACCAUUUGCAGAUGCCAUCUCAGUUAUUUAAAGACCCUGAGUGUUGGUUUGGCUGGGGUUUCAAACCCGCAACCUCCCGCUCGGCAGACCGGCGCUCUCCCAACUGAGCUAAUAAGGCGGCGGUCAAAUAAUAUAUUGGUCCAAUAAUAACAAGUAAAUAGAAACAGGGCAAAUACUAGCAUGAACGAGACCAAAUACUAGCAUGAAAGAGACCAAUGGGGAAUAGCAUGAAUGAGACACGUGACCCAUGUUCAGUGGAACCCUGUUAAUAUGGUCACCAAUGGGCCAAGAAAAAUUGGCGGUAUUAAUAGGGUGGCCAUAUUAACAAGGGUUUUUUUUACAAGAAAAUGUAUGGCAGUUUUUGCCUGGUGGCCAGUAAAAGGGGCCGUAAUAACGACGUGGCGGUAAGGCGGGGUUCCACUGUAGUUCUAUGGCAUUUAGUCAACUAAUUAGAAGACAAAGCAAGUAAUCAAAGUGGUUGCCACUCUGUGAAUUCACUGGUCAUCCCAUUGAUUGCUUGUUGUGUGAAUCUCAAUAAUUGGCAUACGGGUAUGCUUAACAUACCCACAUACCAGACGUAUCCAAAGACAACUUUGAAAUAGAAGGGCAGUGUGAGUGCUGUUCUUCAUUUCACUUGUAGGUAAAACUGAUAAUACUAGAGUCAAACCUCCACUAACAGCCACCUCUCCACAUUGGCCCCCUUUUUUGUCCCGGUGGACAGUUCAUACAUUAACCCUUAUUUAAACCUCUCUACAACGGCCUCUAAAGUGUGUCCCCAAAUGCUAAAAUAGCCUCUUGGCAAUGACCAGUUUUUUCAGAAUUGAUCUGUAUGGUGAGUUGAUUAUUAAUCGCAGCAGUCAUAUUUUGAUGUCCCAUUUAUACUGCUGCAGUAAAAAUAAAUUGUCUACAAUACUAAAGAGACUGUUGCGAACCUUGCUCAUUAAUUUUUGUCAUGUUUAAGUUUCUUUGGUAUUUUCUCUAUAUAUAAUAUUUACGAUUGGAUUACCAUUAUGGGAUACAGUAAGCAUGAACUUGACUCAUAAAUCAUAUUGUACUCCCCCCCAAAAUUGUCAUAUUACACCCCAUCCUCCCCAUAACGGCCACCUCUACACAAUGACCACUUUGUUCUGUCUCCAAGAUGGCCAUGGUGGAGAGGUUUGACUGUAUUUUGAAGCGUAAUUACAUACCAUUAGUUCAUUUUUGAGCUCACUGGUCACUUUUGGGUGUGUGGUCAGGUCUGUAUCAGUACUGUCUGCAGACACUCCUCACAGCCUUAAACAUUUUCUUUUCUUGUUUUCAUUUUAGUCUGGGAAUGUUCGUGCUCACAGUGUGUUGAGUUUGGAGGAGCAGGUAAAGAUGUACAUUAAAAUGCGGUCCAUGACAGUUCUACAAAGCGACCAGAACUUUAUUUGUUUUUAUUUCAUAUAAAACUGAAACUGUUUGAGCUCAUACCUCUCAACAAUAAUGUGAAGAAUUAUUCUCGCUUGCGCCUGUCUAUCACAUGAAUAGUCAAGCGUGUUCAGCGUUGUCAUUAAGAGUCGGGGGCCGGGGAUUUUCCCCGGUUACUAAGAGAGUGGCCCCCGGCUACUUUUAUUGGAAAAUAGAAGAAAAAUAGAACCAAAAGAAAUCCCUAGCCGUUUGAUUCCCCGCCUACUUGUUGUAUUUACCCGGCAAUCUUAGUGAGAACCCUGCGUGUUUAGCUUUAGCAGGUGUUAAUCCACAGACUAAUGUGCUGCUAUGUAUUCAUUUUAGGAUGCUAUAUGCACAUGUGCUCAAACUCUACUGCGAUGCUUGAAUCAUGGAGCAUUUAAUGAGAUUUUGUCACUGGUAGGAACAUUGUUUACUAGUAGUUUUGUUGCUAAUAACAUCAGUAAUAUGUGGGCACUUUGUCAAUUAAAAAAAACUUUAAGUCUGCUCCGAAUUAAAGUUUGUGAGUAAAGUACUGAAGCUUCACGGCUGUGGCUUUUUGGCGUGGUGCUGCCAGUUUAUUCAAGACCAUGCCCUUUUUUAAUGAGUUAAGGUAUGGGUAAAACGGGCAGCAAAAAUGUGCAACAUGGCAUUUCAACUUGUCUUACAGCAUUGUUGCAAAACAAGUUGUACGUUUUUGUUGCCUGCUUUGUCACCUUUAUAGAAAGGAGGUGAGUACGCAUUAAUUUGCGAUGACCGAGCAUUUAACUUUUUGAACUUCGGGUCUGUUGGUCCGGGUCAAGCCUCGCCGUCGUGUUGUGCCUUUGCUCCACUGUGUCUCUCUUCACUCAGGUAUAUAAAUGGGUAUGGGCGACAUACUCCUUGGGGUUAACCCUGCGAUGAUGAACUAGUAUCCUAUCCCAGGGGCCCUACUCUUUGGAGCCUCAUGCUAUAGAGAGUACAGAGUAACCUUUGUUUUGUGUGGGCCUUAUGCUUCAUGCAUAGACUGCGAGCAGUCUCUUAUGUUUCUCUGCAAAGUUACUCCAUGCUUUUGUUUACUACAGGAGUCCACAGUGCUUUCUUUCUCAUCUCGUCAUAUUAAAUCCGUUAUUGUAACGCCGUUGUUUGCAAUCGCACUAGCUGGGAUAAGAACUGGGCGGAUUUUAAGGGAAGUGGCGGACUAUAAGUAGUCUACACCAUGCGUGGCGAGUAAUUGGACAUGUUAUGUUUUAAUCAAGAAAAACUCUGGUGUUUAGUCUGGUGUCGGAUUAUUUUUGUUGCUGGAGGCAGUUGUCGUUAGGUUAACACCUAAAUCAGUGAGCAGCCGAACCAGACUUGUCUUCAGUGUGUAAGAGCCACCAGGGCAAAUGAUGUUUUAAUUGAUAUAAUAAUAGCAUAUUUGUGUUUUUGUUUCUAUUAGGGGCAGGAAGGAAUUCCUAAAGUCGGUAGGUGCUCGUCUUGUUAUAGUAACUUGUUCCGGAAGUUUUGUUCGCGGGGAAUAAUGAGGUGGAGGUUGUGUUUGCCAAAGAGACUAACGAGAGAGGAGAACAAGAGAGAUACUUUAUCUCUCAAAGGGUUUUCCUUCACCUGCCCACAUGGUUCUCUUCUUUCCAGUCUAUAAAAUCGCGGCAUUGUCUUUGGGUUUCCGUUACUCUCACACUCUUACCACCAAAACUUGUAGAAGGUUCUUGUGAUAGACUUUGUUGUAAGUUUAAGCACGCCUUCUCCUCCUUUGCUUUCCUUCAAGUAGUUUUGCGGAACUCCCCUCAGAUCUUUAGUAGAAGACUUAAAUGGGAUGAUGGCGGCUAUCGCGAAUGGUUGCCCCACUUUACCGUCUCCCCAUUCUGUUUGCUUGCAAUAGUAAUCCUUUGUGUUUUUGCAACUACUUCACAACUGUUCACUAAGUAGCCACAUGACUAUUCUGUCGUGCGAAACAAACCACAGAGAAGCAAAGCUGCCUGAUGGGCUACAAGUCUAGGUAACUGUAUUUUCCGGUGUAGGAGUCGACCUUUAAAGUUACUUAAAAAAAUCAACCUUGAUUUUUUCACCAACCGCAAAAAGCCGAGUAAAAUAACUAUGACUUCAUCGGCAUAACACAAGACUAAAGUGAAAACAUGGAAAACCAUCUACAAAAAUAGCAUGGAAGAUAAAAUGUAAUAAUAAUGUACUAAACUUUCUCAAAGCUCGUCUCUGGUUUCUACUUAGGUCGCUCGCUCUCCUUUGCUUCGUGAGCGUCCCUCGCGCCUUCGCCGCUCUGGCGGUCGACUCGUGGGAGGUCUAAUAAUAUACUUACUUAGGUUAUUUUGUUCUCACAGCCGUAGACACUGAGGUAACCAGCUGGGGAGGGGUGAUUGUAACACCUGGACAAAAAGCUUAUGAAAAACAGCAUGACCAAGAAGACGAAGAGGGAGAGGGUGAGGGAGACGACGAUGAGGAAGAGUCAGCGGAGAUGUCGAGCCAAGAACAGGCUGAGGAAAAGAUGGAAACAAACCAGGAAAGCUGAUUACUGUGUUUU